CACACAACCAGCAAAAAGGCAGCCAGCAACCAAUACGGUUCGCCGGGGGGAAGAUAACUGCCAACGAAUUCAGACGAGUUAUGGGAUUUAGCUGGUGUCAACAGCAGUCAGAAGUGAGAAAGAUAACGAUUGUACAGGGAAAUAAAGCGAUUAUAUAAAUACAUUUAAGGCAUUUACAAUAGGUUGUGUACAAUAGCUUUUUAAAAAGUGUGUAUUUAUCAAAUCUCUUACAUUGAUGGAAACUUAGUUAACGGGACUGGAUGGCACUUAAAAAAAGAGUCGUCGAGGGAUGAGACUUUCGAUAAGGUAAAAAGUGAGAUAACAAUUAGGAUUGCUGAUAUAACUUUAUUUUUUUUAGAUAAUCUAGCCUAUUACGAGGUUCAACAGAUUGCGCGAAAACUGGAUUCGGGUCACUCAGUGCGCGCAGGUCCCCUCUGCCAAUUCAGCCAUCGGACGAUUUGAACGAGUCCUACGCCAUGUCUCUGCCGCGUAUGCUGGGCGAGCUGCAGCUGUACCGGGUGCUGCAGAGGGCCAACCUGUUGGCCUACUACGACACCUUCAUCCAGCAGGGCGGUGACGACUUGCAGCAGCUCUGUGAGGCUGCAGAGGAUGAGUUCCUGGAGAUCAUGGCGCUGGUCGGCAUGGCGACCAAGCCACUGCACGUGCGCCGUCUACAGAAGGCCCUCCGCGACUGGGCAGCCAACCCGGCCCUCUUCAACCAGCCCCUGGCCAACGUGCCCCUGGGCGGCAUCCCGCUGUUCAAGGUGGACGGAACGGGUGCCAGCGGAACCGCCGCCAGCGGACCCAGGAAGUCCCUGAGCAAUGGGCAGCCGGGGUCGCCAUUCGACAGGGAGGACAGGGCGUGCCUCACCCCUAUGCACAGCGGGAGCCCCAGAAGCCCCUGCUCCCGGGCCUCGCCACAGCCCCCGGACACCCACUACAGGGGCAAGCUGUCCCCAAUGGACCCGCACUGGCUCAGCCCAGAGCCGGAUGGGAACAGUGUCUCGGUGUCUGCCUCAGGGGUGGACGAGGAGCAGCCCAGCCCACCUCUACUCCCCACUCGUACCCCAGGUCCCUCCACGCCCGCAGCCUCCUCCUCCUCCCUCUCCGCGGUGGUCCUCUCAGCCUGGCCUGGGGGCCAGCUGGACGGGGAGACGGCACGGGCAGUGGGGGAGAGCGUAGACAGGCUCCUGAGGACCCUGCCCAGGUCGGACCCCAGAGAGGUGAAAACACUCCUUAGGAUGAACAAGAAGAUGGCCAAGACGGUGGGCCACAUCUUCAAGAUGGCACCCCAGGACAUGGCCAAGGAGGAGGAGAUCCGCAAGUACAGCCUCAUCUACGGCCGCUUCGACUCCAAGAGGAGGGAGGGCAAGCAGCUCACACACCACGAGCUGAUCAUCAAUGAAGCGGCCGCCCAGUUCUGUAUGCGUGACAACGCUCUGCUUCUGCGACGGGUAGAGCUCUUCUCAUUGGCUAGACAGGUGGCAAGAGAAUGCGCCUACACCUCCACACUCAAGCAUGCCAGAACAAGUGCAGAUGACUGCAGUUUACCAUCCCAAAAGAGAGUGAAACAUGAGGUGAUAGUGUCAGAGUGUGUGUCCUCCCUCCAUGGUGUGGAGGGUUCAGAGGGCGUGUCCCAGAGGGCUGACGAGGACAGCUUAUCAGGAGAAAGUCUGGACAGCUUAACACAAGACGUAGCCUCACAGUGCAACCAAUCUCCAUCCCCCCGCCCCCCCACCGACACCUCCAUCCCUGCAAACUGGAGUCGCCAUCUCAUGCAACAAACGCUCAUGGAUGAGGGGCUGCGAUUGGCUAAGAUGGUGUCACAUGACCGAGCUGGCAAGAUCAGCCUUAGGUCAGAGGGGACACAUACCACAGACUUUGAGGUCAAGGUGGAGAGAAGGGGCUCGAUAGCAGUGUGCAGCAGCAGCAGCCCUGGCAGCACCAAAGAUGACUCGGACCACGGGGGAAAGUAG